AUGCUGCAGAACGCCAUCCUCGCGGGCGCCAGCCGGCUUGCCUGCCCUGCGACGUCAACUCUCCGCCCCCGCACGCGCACCGUUGCGCGCGCCGAGGUCGCCGACGACCGCUACCCGAAGCCCCCGCGUGGAUACUCGGAGCGGUUCAACGUCAUCGAGAAGUCCCGCUGGGAGUCUGGGAUCCCCCCUGUUAUGGGAGCGCACCUCAUGGCGUCCGGAGCGGUUGCACCCCUUUCCACCUCGACGGGCCCCGGCACGGGCGUCCCGAUGAUCAUCGACUACCCCGGCACGGAGGUCGAGGUCGCGGUCUCCACCUUCACCAACGCCAAGGCCGGAGCAGUCGGUCUCGCGAAGCUCGUCGUCAAGGCCGCCGAGGAGGCCAUCGCGAAGAAGGGCUCCUUCUCGCUCGCCCUCUCCGGCGGGUCCCUCCUCAACGCGCUCCCGGCCAUGCACCAGCUCGACGCCAAGCCCGACUUCGCCAAGUGGCACAUCUUCUACGCGGACGAGCGCUGCGUCCCGCACUCCUCGCCGGACUCCAACCACGGCGCCGCGAAGAAGGCCUUCCUCGACGGCGCCGCCAUCCCCGUGGACCAGAUCCACGCCAUUCGUGAGGACCUGUCGCCCGACAUGGCGGCCAAGGCCUACCAGGGCGACAUUCUGGGCUCCAAGGCCUGCCCGAACGUGAACGGGAUCCCGCAGAUCGACCUCAUCCUGCUCGGCAUCGGGCCCGACGGCCACGUCGCGUCGCUGUUCCCGCACCGGCCCCAGGUGGGGGUCAAGGACGAGCUGGUUGUGGAGAUCACGGACUCGCCGAAGCCGCCGCCGGAGCGCAUCACGAUGACGCUGCCGCUGAUCAACAACGCGAAGGAGGUGUUUGUGGUCGCGAUGGGCAAGGGCAAGGCGGAGAUCGCGCAGCGGGCGCUGGAGGUGCAGGCCAUUCCUGGCGCGCUGCCGGCGCAGCUGGUGCGGCCGACGAGCGGCGGGCUGCGGUGGCUGCUGGACCUCGAGGCCGCGACGGAGAUCAACCCGGAGCUGUGGGACAGCGCGCGCGCGCACCCGCGGAGCAUCGUGCCCAAGUGA